GACACCUGACCCUAAAAGGUUGAUCAUGUUUGUUCAGAAGGUGAGGUUCACACCGUAAAGAGCAGAGGGAGGGCUAGGACCCAAUAUAAAAGAUCUGGAAGAUUCUAGGAGGUUACUUUGUACCUGAAACGGCCAGGUGAGGAGUGACAGAAGCAUGGGCUAAGUGGGUGACAGGGAUGCCUGGAUCUGAGUUAGGGAGAAAUUCAACUUCGAGCCAGAGAGGAGAAUGCAUGGAUUGGGCAGCAGGGGAGACCUGCAUCUGAGCUAGUCUUAACUGGGUGCAAAGAUACCUGGGUCUCAACUGAAGGGAUGUGAUGGGGAAAGGGAAAUCGGCAGAUUUGGGCUAGUGGAAGGAAAAGUGUAGACGGGGUCCCUGGAGUCGAAUGUGCCGAGCUGGUUCCAAAUCCUUCUGCAACUUCUUAGUCUAUUCUGGUUCACCCGGAUGGCUUGGAUGCUGGCAUUGGCACUGUCUUCUCUACCACCACCUUCACUCCCCAGCUGGCACAGAGGCGCCUCCAAAAUGCUUUAUGAUUUAUGACCAGGGUGAAGCUAGGGAUUUGAGCUAUGCCCAGAUGCCCCACAAACCAGGCCAGUCUACCACAGGCAGACUUCAGUGAGGUUUUGCUCAGACUCGUGGGUUUGGUAAGCAACCAUUCCUGUGCUUUGGUGAUGUCCUUGACUUCUUUUGAUAACUCCUUUCCUGCUUGGUGCCAGGAAGGAAGGGGGCUUGCCACAGCUUGAUCCAGACAGAGGGCUGGGAUCGCUCCUCUGGCCUGGGAGGGGAGAGGAGAGAUUGGCUGCAGUCAGACCAGGGAGAGCCAGAGGGGCUGAGGACACAGAAGUCAGUGCCUCUAGCUUAUGGAUAGUCCUUUCUAAGCCCAAGAAUGGGUCUGCUAGGUCUAAGUUGAAGGACCAAGAAGCCUGAGUCUAAAGUGGAGAUCAGAAAUGCCUGAACAAAUAAAGCCCAGAGGGAAAAGGGCAAACCUUCAUUUUCUCCUUCCUUCCCACUCCAGCCCCAGAAUGCUGACAGUAGCUCUCCUGGUCCUUCUCUGUGCCUCAGCCUCUGCCAAUGCCAUUCAGGCUCGGUCCUCCUCCUACAAUGGCGAGUAUGGAGGCGGUGGAGGAAAGAGAUUCUCCCAUUCUGGAAACCAGCUGGACGGCCCCAUCACUGCCCUCCGUGUCCGAGUCAACAGAUACUACAUCGUAGGCCUCCAGGUGCGCUACGGCAAAGUGUGGAGCGACUAUGUGGGUGGCAGCCAGGGAGACCUGGAGGAGAUCUUCCUGCACCCUGGGGAGUCGGUGAUCCAGGUGUCCGGCAAGUACAAGUACUACCUGAGGCAGGUGAUCUUCGUGACCGACAAGGGUCGCUACCUGCCUUUUGGGAAAGACACAGGCACGAGUUUCAACGCCGUCCCCUUGUACCCCAACACCGUGCUCCGGUUCAUCAGUGGCCGGGCUGGCCUCCUCAUCAACGCCAUCGGCCUGCACUGGGACGUCUAUCCCAGUGACUGCAGCAGCUGCUGAGCCCGUGGCAGGGACACUGUGGUGGGGGUGGGAGAAUGCCCUUCCCACUAACCCCCACCAAAAUGGCUCAAUAAAAGGACGUGGCUAAA